ACCCAAAAAAUAAAAGUUUUCGGAUUAAGAAAAUCACACAUGUCCGAUCAGGGCCCAGAUCUCGUCCAUGGGCCGGAUCACGACUUUGAGGCACCAUCACUUUUUUUUGUUGUUGAUGGUAUUGGAUCAUGCUCAUUUGGGUUUUGAUUAGAACCAUUUGCAAAUGUGGAUGAAAUUGUGAAUGUUAUCCUUCUCUCUCUCCCCCCCACCUCUCUCUCUCUCUCUACAAAAUCAAGAAAACUGAUUUAUGUACAUUUCCUUCGUUUCAUAACUGCCACUCCAAUUGACCCCCAAUUCCCCUAUGGAACUCUCCCUCCUCCAUUACCACCAUCACAUACCCACCUCCAUCCACCCCUCCCUCAACUCUUUUUCCAUCCCAAGGACGAGAACCUUGAACAGGAAUGCAUCGCAAUUGUCAUGUCGUUGCUCUUCAUCUUCCUCAGAGAAAACAGCAAAGGGACCCACACUAGCUCUGCAAUGCGCCGGAAGGAGGGCAUUGGUGGGUUGUUUUAUAGCAUCAGCUGUUGGCAUUUGUGUCUCUGACAUGGCUGGUGCAGUGAGCACAAGCAGGAGAGCUCUUAAAGGAGCAAAGAUACCUGAGGAAGACUUUGUCACCCUUCCUAAUGGCUUAAAGUAUUAUGAUUUGAAGGUCGGGGGUGGAGCUGAAGCUGUGAAGGGAUCUCGAGUUGCAGUACAUUAUGUUGCUAAAUGGAAGGGCAUCACUUUUAUGACAAGUAGACAGGGAAUGGGUGUUAGUGGCGGGACACCUUAUGGAUUUGAUGUUGGUCAAUCAGAGCGAGGGAAUGUCCUUAAAGGAUUGGAUUUAGGUGUUGAAGGCAUGCGGGUGGGAGGACAGCGAUUGCUGAUAGUUCCUCCUCAGCUAGCUUAUGGAAGCAAAGGGGUACAGGAAAUUCCCCCAAACGCAACAAUUGAGUUGGAUGUUGAGCUACUGGCCAUCAAACAAAGCCCGUUCGGGUCUCCUGUCAAAAUCGUAGAAGGAUAACUCAAUCAUAUUCUCUUCCCUACUGUCAUUUGGUGCACCAAAAGCAGAAGCAAACUACCUUUUCCGACCUGUUUUACUUUGCCAGUGGACUGCGGGUUUUUCUCUUUGUUCCAGGAGGAGGGCAUGGUGCCCCAAAUCCCCAUACUGCAAUUUUUCUAAGUUUGAAAAAAUCAGUAUCUUCAUCCCUUCACUCUCAAGAUUAUUUAGCACAUCGCAUUAGAAGUUAAUGGAUUUCAUGUGACUAGGAAUGAGUACCAAUAUUGACAAAUAAAUGAAAAUCCGUAUCACAAGUGAGCCGCCA